UCUCUCAGCGACCAUGUUUGCUCAUGGAAAUCUCGGUUGUGCCGGAUGUGGCUGAUGUGAAGGAGGACAGAAUGCGCUGCUCCAAAGGCCAAAAAAUCGUGCCAGAGGACAGCCGGACGCAAAGCCAAAAGAGCAAUUUCGCAGGACAAAAUGGCCUCUUCAGAGAGAAAAAAAGAAGGACUUGCUGCCUAUGCUGUAGUCUGAAAGAAGCAGUUCGGACUUGGUUUGCUCUGCGACAUUGGCGUGACUGGUUGCAAGGAGAUGGUCGUGGCCAAUUGGUGUCGCUGUUGGCCGCUGCGAUGAUUUUGAUUGGCUCCGGAACUGUGGUGUGGUCGGCCAUUGGCGGAGAUGAAAAUGCGAAUUCAUCGUGGGAGCAAAGUUCCUGGAUGUCUUGGGGGCUUUUCUUUGAUCCCGGCACACAGACAGGUGUAAGUGCUGGUGCGCCGACCAAAGUGAAGGCAACUGCUCUGAUCUUCUCGGUUCUCGGAUUCCUCUACAACCUGACAUUUCUGGGCAUCAUCGUGGAAUGGAUCCGGUCUUCCAUGGAUCGUUGGAGCAAGACCAAGAGCCGCAUUUGGUAUGGAAAUCACAUCCUGAUCCUGGGUUGGAGUGAAAAAACCCUCUAUUUGUUGAACGAACUCUUCGAAGCCCUUCGUUCCAGUGGUGAUUUCUCGGUGUCUGUUGUGGUGCUGGCGGAGCGAGAAGUUUCGGAGAUGCAUCAGGAGGUUCAGCAGCACUUCUAUCAGAUCUGGGAAGGUUUGUCCUUCUUCGACAGGCGCUGGAGGUUGCUGAACAGUUUGAAGCUCCGCGAAGGCAUCACCCACGAGGGCGACUCGUUGGAGCGUGCGGGUGCUAGCCACGCGCAGGAAAUCAUCCUCCUGAGCCGUGAGGGAGACCAGCGUAACGCCGAUCUGGAGACGGUCCGCGUCAUGGUGGCUUUGUCCUCGCUCCGUCAGCCAGUGAAGUGCAAAGUCUUCGCUGAGGUUCAGAUGCACGAGGUGGAGACGGUCUUGCGACGCUUGCACCCAGAUCCCACAGGGACACAGGUAAUCCAUGCUCGAGCUGCUUGCAGCCACAUCCUGUCCUUGCUUGCCACGGACCAAACUGUGGGUGGCAUGAUCACCGACCUUUGCUCCUUUACGUCCGGAGAGGAGCUGUAUGUCAUUCAGCCGCUGCCCGAAUGGCAAACCUUUGGCCAAGCUCGCAAAGCCUUUGAUCGGGCGGUUUGCAUUGGCGUCGAGGCAACGAAACCAGUGGUCAAUGCGCACGGCACCCGUAUCGAUCUUUGUCCCAGCGAUGACCGACCAAUGGAGGCACAGGAGCGGCUGUUGGUGAUGGCUUCCAACUGGGCGGAUGUUGAAGCGCCCACGAGCUCGCUGUUUCACUGGCGCAGUGUAGAUCCGGAUUUCAUGCCCAGCACGUUGGUCUCCGGAGAGCCGGACGUCUUCAGCAAAGCGGCGAAUGCAAGGAGUUCAUCGCCAACACCAGUUGAUGCGGAGGGCGCACGAAAGCGCGUGUACGUGGUGAUUGGUUGGCCUGCAGAUUUCGCAGAAGUCCUUGCUCUGCUUGAUGAGAAAGUGCCGCCGGGCACAGAAGUUCAUGUUUUAUCAGAGCGCACUGAACCGCAGCGCAUUGCCUUGUGUGCAGGCAAAGGCCAGCGAAAACUUCGCAACAUCGAGCUCCAGCACCUUGUUGGUCCACGAACCUCCAGGAAGAUGCUGGAACAGUUGCCACUGGAGAAGGCCCUCGACGGUGUGGAUGGCGAGAGCCAGCCCGGGGCCAUUCUGAUCCUGGCGCAGUUGGCGAGCCAAUUCAUGGAUCUCUCUGAACAGAUUGCAGACGAUGAUGAAGUUGGUGAUGACACGCUCACCUGCGAUUCGGCUUGCCUCACUUCUCUGCUGGUCAUUGCAGACAUUUUGGGAGAAAACUGUGGGCCACGAACAAGCACACCUGAGGCAUGUGAGCUGCUGGAAGCCCGUACCUACUCUCUCGAAGCUGUGAGCCAAAAGAAGUCAAAGAUCAUCUGCGAAGUUCUGGACCCGCGAACUGAGCGGGUCUUGUGGCGCAAUGAAAACUUGAAAAAGAUGGCCUACUUCUUUCGAAGCAAGGCGCUGGAGACAGGCAUUUUCAUGAUGGCCAUGUCCGAGCCAGCUGUGUUCAAUACGCUGAUGAUCCUGAUGUCUCCAAGCUGUCCUUCCUUGCAGGUCAGGCCGGUGCAGGAGUUCCUGCCUCCUCGGGACACGGUGGCCGCUUUCGAUGAGGACGCCAAGGAAGCGAAGACUUGGAGGGAACUCAGCGAUACAGUUCGAAAGCGUGGCGGCCUGCUGGUGGGAUGGAAAUCCCAAAACGAGGAGUGUCAACUUGGCAAGGAUAAGCAAAAUGACUGGGCCGAAGGCGAUACGCUGAUCGUGAUUCUACCUCCACAGGCUCCAAAAGGGAGCUAGCUGGUGCUGGCGCCACUGAAACUGGGUGGUGCUGGCGGGUCCCGGCCCAACAGCAAGACAUUUGUUGCUUGUGAAAGUGGUGCAGCUGUGCUUGUUGAGAAUGAAAGGUCAAACAUGAAAA